AUGGACACACUAUUAUCCCAGUCUAAAAGAGAUCAACAUCGUAGAUUUGAAGAGAAAUUGGCUGCAAGGCGCAGAAGUAAAAUGGAAAGGGAGGCAACUAUGGGUGUAACAAGAGAAAAUAGUUCUGCAGAACAGUUUCAGAAGUAUGAAGAGAAAAAGGCUAUGAAGAAAAACAUAUUAGAAAACCUAGAGAAACAGUUAGAAGCAGAUAAAGAAAGAUUGUUGUCAUCUUUAAGAAAUAAAACAAAUAAAAUGGAAAGAGUUAAGGCACGAUGGAAAAUGUUGGCCAAAUUAAACCAGGAACAGAAACUCCUGUUAGCAGAAGAAAACUUUGAGUCUGCUAGAAUUGUAUUUGAUAUGUCAGAAAGUGCACUGAGAAAAGAAAAGAGUUUUAUUCAAGAACGAGAUAGACAUAGAGAGUUAGCUAAAGGUCGACUAACGUCAAGAGGAUCACCAAGGAAAUCUGUAGAAGAAAAUCAACAAGAUAUUCUUAAAUUCCUUGAACAGAAGCCAGAAACUCCCAAAAAACAGAAAAAGAUAAAAGAAAGAGUAAUGGAAAAUCUAUAUGAACAUCAUCAAUAUGAACGUGAAAUAUUUGUUAAGCUACUACAAUUAGCUCAACAACAAACAGAGCUACAGGAAAAAGCUAAAAACAUGUCUGAAAAGGAAUUAAAAGAUAUUCUAACCAAACUUCAAAAUGAUCAAAUCAAAAUACAAAGUGACGCCCAACAAACAGCAUUAACUGUUAAUUUAAAUGCACUAACUGAAUCUGAACAACAGACCUAUUAUGUUGGUGUAUCAAAACGUAGAUCAUUACAGUUCCAGCUUUAUAUGGAUGCUAUUGUUUACAGAAUUGAAGUGGAAUUAAGAAUGUUGAAAGAAAAUGGCAUAGAAAUAAAUGAAGAGGUAAUACAUAAAGAGCUGUCUGUUUCAUUAUUAGCUGAUUUACAAGAAAGACAAGAUAAUGAAUCAAGUGUUCUUAGGAAUAUUAUUGUUGAAAAGGAUGAUGAAAUGUUAGAGAAUAUUUGUGGUGUUCAGAAAGUAGGGCAACGUGAGGGUUGGUACAAAAAUCUUUCAGUUGUCAUAUUUACCUUGACCUUAUCAUCAGAUGACCUUGAACUUUUACCUGACAUCACUAAUGAAACUAAGAAAUUAGAAGAAGAAUUUGAAAAACAAAAACAAGAAAUUACAGAAAAAGCUUUAAAUUCUGGAGAAGAUCCUGAGCCUAAGAUUUCUGAGUUAAAAGAAAAAUAUGAGAGUAAAAAACAGGGUAUAAAAGAGAAAUAUGAAAGGAAAAUGUUAGAAAUUCGUGAAAAGCAAGCUGCUAAGAAACAUGCUAAAGAAAAGAAAGAGAUGAAGGAAAUGGAAGAAAAAGAGUUAGUUAACAUGGCUGAAAUGAGAGCUAAAGCUAUGAAAACUGGUGGAGUUACCUUACGUAGAAAAACUAGUGUGCUACAAGACAGAUUAUCUAUUAUACGAGAAGGUAAAAAAGAUGCAGAAGAAAAAGAGAAGGAAAAAAAUCCCAGGUCCAAAUCAGUGGAUGCUAAGAAAUCUUCUUUAUUAAAACGAGAAAAAACAGCUCUAGAUAUUGAAGUUAGUGAUGGUCAGAAACAAGCUAUGUUUUCUCAGAUUGUACGACAACAACAAAACCUUCAAUCUAAAAUAACAGAUCAACAAAAACAACAGGAAGAAAAUCUUCAGAAACGUCUGGCUGCAAAGAGAAAUCAAAAUGAACAAGCUGCAGCAUUAGUCAAUUUAGGAGAGAGACAAAAAACUAUUUUAGAACAAAAGAAUGGGACAGACAAAAGUCAAAUUAAAGUAGAGAAAAGUGGUAGAAGUAAAUCAUCUGAUAGAACAUAA